AUGACUGUCUAUCCCGACCAGCGCACUCCAGAAGAGUGGCGCGCCGUCCUCAGCCCAGAACAGUUCCGCAUCCUCCGUGAAAAGGGGACAGAACGUCCUGGUACAGGCGUCUACGACAAGCACUACCCCGACAAGGGGAUCUACGCGUGCGCCGGGUGCAACGCGCCGCUAUAUAAGGCCAAGCAUAAGUUCGCGUCAGGCUGUGGCUGGCCUGCCUACUUCGACAGCAUCCCGGGGGCAGUGGUGCGGCACGAGGACCGUUCGCUGGGCAUGCUCCGCACUGAAAUCGUUUGCGCCAACUGUGGGGGCCAUCUAGGACAUGUGUUUAAGGGGGAGGGCUUCCCAACGCCUACGGAUGAGAGGCAUUGUGUAAAUAGUAUUUCGUUGGUUUUCAAGGAGGAUGAGGGGGACGAGGAGAAAGGACAGGUGAAAGAGGAGGGGACCAAGGCCUGA